ACUGCAGUAAAAGUAAAAAAGUUUCGCAUUUCAUUGUAUAUAUGUUUCACAUCAGAUUGUGAGAAGUAGAUUUCCACCCUUGCAAAUUUCAUUUUGGGCGUACAAGCGUCGCAGCUGUGCACCUACAAAGUGUUUGGAAAAAGUCCCCAGUGACUCGAGAAUCCAAAAUGUUGAAUCGACGCUUCACUUGUCAAAUCCACCAACUGAUUCACCAUUGCAAACCUACAUUCUUCAACUUCUUUCCGUUGAGAACCUACAGAAACAAGAGCCCCACUGGCAUUAAUUCUGAAACCUACAGGAAAAAGAGCCCCACUGGCAUUAAUCCUGAAGUCAUUGAUUACCUAACUCUCUCUUUGGGCUUCUCCUCACCUCAAGCUCUCUCCUUAUGCCAACGUACCCCACGUCUUAAAACCCUGGAAAACCCCCGUUCUGUUGUUUAUUUCUUGAAAUCUCUCGGUUUCUCGGACACCCAGAUACGCUGUUCUGUCAAUACCGCUCCACAGAUUUUGAACGCCCACAUUGACAAGACACUGAAACCUAAGAUUAAGCUUUUUCAAGAUUUGGGUCUUCAAGAUUAUGAUUUGGGCGAGUUUUUUUCCAAGAAUUCUGCACUUCUGAAUUCUAGUCUUGAAAGAAGAUUGAUUCCCGGUGUUGAUUUCUUGAAGAAGUUGCUUCUGUCUGACAAAGAUUUGCUGCUUGUAAUAAAUCGUGGCAAGAGGAUUUUAGGGAAGGAUCCUGAAAAAGUGUUAAAAGCUAAUUCUGAGUAUUUGAUGGAAUGUGGAAUUGUUGGUAAACAGUUGUCAAUGCUUUUGAGGAGGCAGCCUCGGCUUUUUUUAAUGAAAUUGGGUGACCUUAAGAAGUUGGUUGCUAGAGCUGUGUAUAUGGGGGCUUCAGUUGAAUCAAAGAUGUUUGUUUACACAAUUCAAACACUAUAUUGCAUGAGCAAUGAUACAUUAAUGGGGAAAUUUCAGUUGUUUUAUGAAUUUGGGUUUUCUAAGGUUGAUUGUGCUGACAUGUUUAGAAGAAUGCCGAAUGUGUUCAAAACAUCGCAUGAGAAGUUAAAAUUUGGUCUUUCAUUCUUCUUGAACACUGCUAAGUUGAAAAAAACUGUGUUAGUGAACCAUCCUUUUAUUUUGAUGAGUAGCAUGGAGAAUAGAGUGAUUCCUCGGCAUAAAGUUCUAGAGAUACUCAUGUCAAAGAAGCUGUUGAAGCAGCAGCCAAGUUUCAUAGCUGUAUUGUAUUUGUCAGAGGAUGUGUUCUUGGAUAAGUUCAUUUCGAAGUUUCCAAGUUAUGCUGAUGAAUUGUUGGCUGCUUACAAAGGACACCUAUUGGAAUCUUUAGAAGAAAAAGAAACAGAAAGCAUCACAUGAGGCUAGUAUAAAAUUAACUUUUAGCUUGAAAGUAUGGAAAAACAUUAUUUAGCAGGAGUCGUGGGACGUUGAACUGUUAAAAACUUGAAAUAUUGUAAAAAGAUGCAAAAUAUUAUAUUAGAAUUCAACUAUGUUGGUGAAAAUGUAGCUUUUUUAUCUGUGCGCUAUUAGAUAUGAUUGCCUGAUUGGAGCGGACAGGGGAGGAGCAAUAAAAGUUGUGUUAUUGAUUGGUAGUUUGGUACCAUUACAUCAUCAGAUAUCAUAGUUGCUAUUCAUUUUGUUGGAAUCCUGGAUUUGAAUGCUAUGGAGGCUUGAAGAAUAAAGUUGUCAAAAGCCAUUAUUACAUUAAUAUUUUGGGAGAUGCCUGUUGCGCAUGACAGGACGGAGCAUUUGGAGCCUGAAAGGGGAUUCAAUUUGCUUCACAGAAGAGGCGGCUUACAAAAGAUAGAAUGAUAUGUUCUGGCGUGAUGCUCUGCGAGCCUGGAUAUAUCUGCAGAUCAUCUACCGGCCUAUCCUGCUGCGUUUAUUCGGCAAUCUCCCUUGCCCGUCCUCCAACUCUUCCAACUUCUUGAUCUUGGGCAAAAAUUUGUGUUAUUGUACUCUUAUUUGAGCAGCCUGUAUCAAGGGGCUGACCAUCAGUCUGUAUGUUUUCUCGAUUUCAGAAUUUAAAAUGUUACUCCCUCCGUGGCUCCGUCCCAUUUUAGUUGUCACAUUUCUAUUUU